CAUGUGAGAAAGGAUGGUUUUCCCAAGUUAAACUUCCUCCAUUUAACCGAUUAAAACAUUGAACAACAUGGUGGUGGCAUAGCAAGAAUCUCGCAACGUGGCAAUGAUAUGCAAAAGAAGAACACGUGUCCUUAUCUCUUUACCGGAAUAUACCGGUGUAUUUGUUUUUUGUAAUAACCGUUUCUUCAUUUGACGGUUGAGCAAUUUUGUGAAUUUGCAGAAACGCAUGCAAUCAGAGAAAAUAUGGGGCAAGGUGAAGAAGUAAAGACCAGGAGUGAUCCACAAGUCGAGAUUCAGGAAAGAGGAGAAAUAUUUUUCUUCUAUAGGCCGAAAGUAAACAGAGAAGAAGCUCACAGUGCAGACGAUGUUCAAAGAAUGUACAUAGUUUUACGCCCUGAAUCCGGUGAAAGGCAAAUUGAAGAGAAGCAAACCCCUGAUUCCGGCAAAGAAGGUGCCAAGUCAGAGCAUAAUCCUAGCUCAAGUCACGAGGACAAAGGCGAAAAUGAUGAUGAAAAUCGCCGUCUCAAGAAACAUCCUGAGGGUGGUCAUGGAACAAAGGUCCAACACUUGCAUAUAUUUUCUAUUUUGUGUGUGAAAACUUGUUACAUGAAGUAUUUUGAUAGUUGGAACUUGAUUAUGCAGGAAGUUAACAUAGAAAAGGAACCACUUUUGCGAUUUAUCGUCAUGGGAAAGAAGAGUCUUCCUGAUCCUGGUAAGAAAAGUAGGCCUUUCUGGGGAUUUGUCGAAUUGGUCACCACAAAGAUUGAUGAUAUCAAGGAUGCUCUUCGCGGAGAAGAAUAUGAUACUGCAACAAGGGGACAUCGGCACAAACCCAGUGCAAGGGCCCUAGGAGAAGGUGUAUACCGCAUCCUAAGACACAAAUACUCUGAAGGAAAAAAGAUGCACACUCAUUUAGUAUACAAACUAGAACUUCCCCCAAAAGACAAGGAAAACGAACCUCAAGAAGAGCUCAACGUAGAGCGUGAAGGCUCUUUUAUCAUCCAAAUAAAGAGUCCAGAACAAGGAGGUGGAAGGUCUGAAUUCCAAGGGGUUGGAAACAAACGCAAAGCCGUGUUUCCAGCACACUUUCAAGGGCAGUUCGGAAGUAAGCGAUUUGUGCCAGCGGAUCCUCCUGAUUUUCUGAACUAUGAAGGGUGUGAGUUCCUCUUGAUUUCAGCAUCUGAUGACAUAGAGGAAGAAUUGGGUUUGGAGCUUUACACUGAAACAGAGGUACCAGAUCCUAAGUGCUCGGAUUUAGUCAAGACUUUCGGAGCAGAUGUAACUCCAACUGCUCCGCUUUUUGAAGGUACCUGGUGUUGAUGGUCUCAUACAACUCUCCACCAUCUUGGCACUUCUCGUGCUCGUAGACUCGUAGUGUAAACAUGUAGUUAUAGAAGGAUGUAUAGUAUUUAGGAUGUUUUGUGACUUGUGUUUAGAAUCUGCAAAAUGGUUUGUAAUAUGUUGCCAUGUUGAAUGAGCAACAGGAAAUCUACUCAGAUGUUUUGGUGUCUA